AACUUAAUACUCCCUUCUCUGUGUUUGAUCGUAUUUUUAGCCUUUCUAUUAUAGCUUACGUCCGUAAGGAAUCCUCCAAUUUGAAUUUAGUUAACAGACUCAUCACCAAGUAAUCAAUUAAACACCAAUCAACUAUGGAUGGAAUGUCGAUGACAAUGUCAAUGUCAAUGGGGCCUGAGUCCUCAUCUACAACACAAUCAACAUUCAGCUCUACGGCACCGACUUCUACUGCAGGAGUAGGAGGUUCGAAUGAUAUGGGAGGCAUGGGUCAAACGGGAAGUAUGAAUACAAUAGGCGAUAGCUGUAGGGUUUCAAUGCUUUGGAACUGGGAAACAAUUGACGCAUGCUUCUUAUCAGAGUCCUGGCAAGUUAAAUCGAGGGGUGGUUUCGCAGGUUUAUGUAUCGGUGUUGUGCUUCUCGUAAUCUUGCUUGAGUUUUUACGUCGAGCCAUCAAGAUCUACGAUCAAUCCCUGGUUCGUCAACACCAAAAAGCUAAGGAAGCUCUCGCCGCGACAGCUGUGAAUAGCUCCACGGAUACGGCCGAUGGGGCGCUUAUUGAGAAGGAACAUGGUCGAACUAUCGUGUCAUCACCUCCUAUUCGGCCUAAAAUAUGGCAACAGGGAAUUCGUGCCUUGUUACAUACGCUACACUUUGCCCUGGCAUAUUGGAUUAUGCUACUCGCCAUGUACUACAAUGGAUAUAUCAUUAUCUGUAUUAUAAUUGGCGCCUUCAUUGGUUUCUUCAUAUUCCAAUGGGAGAAUAUCGGCCCUCGAAAUGGUACUAGCGAUGGCAUUGGUAUGGGAAGAGAUGCUACGGGCUGUCAUGGUUGAGCUGUAGCGUGUUGAAACUACAUAUGUACUAGAUUAUUAGAACGGGGUAAAUACGUUAACGCACACUGGAUGGAUAUACGAGGAUAUCAAAUAUUCUUCGAAUUUGACUUUAUUAUGAAUUACGAUGGAUGGUACGAUCAGGCGGACAACUUUGAGUAACAUAGAGCGUAGGUAUAAGCAUAUAAUUAGGGUCGGUAAAUAACUUGCUUCACGAUAGUCUUAAAAAGGCGUCGGGAUUGAAUAAUUAGCAUCAAUUCAUUAAUGUUCAUUACAUAUUCCAUCCGUGCAUUUUCAACGCCCUAA